AUGGUGGCCCCUGGCCAGGGAGGGGAGGGUGACGGAUGGUGGCCCCUGGCCAAGGAGGGUGACGGAUGGUGGCCCCUGGGCAAGGAGGGUGACGGAUGGUGGCCCCUGGGCAAGGAGGGUGACGGAUGGUGGCCCCUGGGCAAGGAGGGUGACGGAUGGUGGCCCCUGGGCAAGGAGGGUGACGGAUGGUGGCCCCUGGGCAAGGAGGGUGACGGAUGGUGGCCCCUGGGCAAGGAGGGUGACGGAUGGUGGCCCCUGGGCAAGGAGGGUGACGGAUGGUGGCCCCUGGGCAAGGAGGGUGACGGAUGGUGGCCCCUGGGCAAGGAGGGUGACGGAUGGUGGCCCCUGGGCAAGGAGGGUGACGGAUGGUGGCCCCUGGGCAAGGAGGGUGACGGAUGGUGGCCCCUGGCCAAGGAGGGUGACGGAUGGUGGCCCCUGGCCAAGGAGGGUGACGGAUGGUGGCCCCUGGCCAAGGAGGGUGACGGAUGGUGGCCCCUGGCCAAGGAGGGUGACGGAUGGUGGCCCCUGGCCAAGGAGGGUGACGGAUGGUGGCCCCUGGCCAAGGAGGGUGACGGAUGGUGGCCCCUGGCCAAGGAGGGUGACGGAUGGUGGCCCCUGGCCAAGGAGGGUGACGGAUGGUGGCCCCUGGCCAAGGAGGGUGACGGAUGGUGGCCCCUGGCCAAGGAGGGUGACGGAUGGUGGCCCCUGGCCAAGGAGGGUGACGGAUGGUGGCCCCUGGCCAAGGAGGGUGACGGAUGGUGGCCCCUGGCCAAGGAGGGUGACGGAUGGUGGCCCCUGGCCAAGGAGGGUGACGGAUGGUGGCCCCUGGCCAAGGAGGGUGACGGAUGGUGGCCCCUGGGCAAGGAGGGUGACGGAUGGUGGCCCCUGGGCAAGGAGGGUGACGGAUGGUGGCCCCUGGGCAAGGAGGGUGACGGAUGGUGGCCCCUGGGCAAGGAGGGUGACGGCAAGGAGGGUGGUGGAUGGUGGCCCCUGGGCAAGGAGGGUGGUGGAUGGUGGCCCCUGGGCAAGGAGGGUGGUGGAUGGUGGCCCCUGGGCAAGGAGGGUGGUGGAUGGUGGCCCCUGGGCAAGGAGGGUGGUGGAUGGUGGCCCCUGGGCAAGGAGGGUGGUGGAUGGUGGCCCCUGGGCAACGGGGGUGGUGGAUGGUGGGGUUGGGGGGGACAGCAAGGGAGAGGUGAUGGAGGGAAGGUGGGAGCAUACGGGGAACCAAGAGGCGGUGGUGCGGAGGGUAAGGAAGUGGAAGGCACGAGUCAUGAGUGUGGGCAGGUGUGUAGGCAGGUGUGUGGGCAAGUGUGUGGGCAGGAGUGCAGUAGAGACAGUGGGGGCGCUGCAGAGGAGAGUCAGGGUGAUGCUGGGCUGUUGGAGAAGGAGGUGAAAGAGUGGGUGGAGGCGGCGUGUGCGGUGAGGGAGGAGGGCGAGUGGAUGGUGGUGGUGGCGUGUGAAGACACGGGCGGUGGUAUUCCACCCGAGGAGCUGCAGUGGGUGCUGCACCCACACGGACAGUCGAGCCACUCAAUGAAUGACAGUGAGGAGGAGUAUGGAGAUCUCAAUGGCAAGGGGCAGCAAAAUCUCAUGGUGGCGGAGAUGCGGGGCGCCAUGGCAGUGCUGUCAGAUGCCGCCACAGGCACCACCAUUCUGCUGGCGCUGUCCAUGGGGGGAGGGGAGGACGCCGGCAGCACGGGAGUUGCGGAGGGGAGCAAGGAGGAGAGUGAGGAGGGAGUAGGGGAGUUGGGGGGGGCUGGUGAGGAGCGAGUGGAGCGAAAGAGCUGGUCGAAUGGAGGCAUGGAGGGGCCACCCAGUGCUGCAGCGCCUCUCCCUCACGCUCUUGCUGUGGCACUACCAGCGUCGCCACCGCACACACAAGCAGCAGCAGCAGCCCAGCCAGCCUCGCCGCUGGUGCGGGCACGCACAUUCCCAGAAGCGGAGUUGGAGAGGGCCGUGGGGGAGGCGGAGCGGGUGGUGCGGGCGGUGGUGGCGGGGCGGCGGGUGGCGGUGGUGGAUGACAACGCGGUGAACCGCAUGGUGGCAAGGAGAACGCUGCAGGGCUACGGGGCGCACGUGCUGCUGCUGCCCUCCGGGGAGGACGCACUGCAAGCGCUCUCCUCUGCCACGCCCUCCCCGCCCAUCCACCUGCUGCUCCUUGACCUCCACAUGCCACCCGGCAUCGACGGGCAGUUUGUCUGGCCAGCCUGCUAUCGUGCUCAUCACAAGCCCGGCCCCGCCAGCUCCUCCUGCACCUCCCACUCCUCCGGCCCCUCCGGCUCCUCCUGCGCCUCCUGCGCCCCCUGUGCUUCCAUCCUGGUCGACUGGCGCAACAACCCUCUGUUGGACCCUCUCAAGAACGAGGGGUUUGCUCAACCCGCCGCCGCUUGGGAUGACGACAAUGCGGGUGACGACGAUGUGAACCAUGAUGUCGGCAAUCUCCGAAUCCCACGCUUUCCGGAGGACCUCAUGCACGACAAGAAUGACUCGUACCGGGGCCACCUCACCGAUGUCGUGCUCACCAACUUGAAGUGGAACCGGGUGAUCCAGGCCAUCAUCCCAGGGGGCUGCACUCCUCUGCUGCAGCCCCUUGACGUGAGCGUGAACCGCUCAUUCAAGGCGCUGCUGAGUGAGAUGUACAACGAGUGGUUUGCCGAGAUCGGCAUCAACACGUUCACAAAAGCCGGCGAGGUCGAGGUGGCACAGGACGUGCACGUCGCCCCUGAAGUGGAGGAGUGGGUGAACCCCCUCUAUGCAACUGCCGCAGAUGACGAGGAGGCGGCAAAGGUGGUGGAUGUCGAGGAUGCCGGGGACCUCCCUGAGGAGGAGGAGGAGGAGGAGGAGGAGGAGGAGGAGGAGGAGGAGGAGGAGGAGGAGGAGGAGGAGGAGGAGGAGGAGACGACGACGACGACGACGACGACGACGACGACGACGACGACGAGGACGAGGAGGAGGAGGGUGGGCUGGAGGAGAACGUGGACGAAGAGUGAGGAGUAG